CGCUGGUGUUGGUGCGACGCUGAAAGCGGAUCGGGUGUGAGUGGAAGACGGAGGCAGGGAGUUGGGGAGAGAGAGGAUUGGUGAAAGGUGGAGGGAGUGACUGGAGGAGGUGCUGGCGCCGCACGGAAAAUAUGUCGUGGGGAAUGCGGUCGGUUCUCGGCCUGAUUCCUCGUGCAGUGUGGCAUGCUUCUGUUCGAGACAGUCACUGGCAGAUUUCCCUCUUGGGACUCAGAGCAUCCUUACCAAUGAGAGCUGAACCCAGGAAAAAGAAGAAAAUAGAUCCCAAGAGAGAACAGGCAGCGAGAGACCGUCUGCGCAAAAGACUAAAAAAAUUAGAACGUGUUCCUCCAGAGCUGAUCCCAAUUGAAGAUUUCAUCACUCCAACUAAGUUACUCGAUGAAUCAAGAGUCCGCGAUCCUCCCAAGCUGCCAAUGGAAGAGAGCGAGAGGCGAGCACUUCUGAUGAAAGAGUGGUCACGUUAUAAGCAGAAAGAAUAUGAAAAAGAAGCUGAAAUGAUUCAGUGCAUGAUUAAGGCACAACAGCAGGCCCUGCAGGAACUGCAGCUUGAAUCAGAAGAGUUGUACCAGGCUGCCAUUAAACGGGACCGAGGACUGUUUCCAUUGGAGUUGCAAGGAUGCAGUUUUACUCCUCCUAUUGCUAACUACCAAGCGCCUGAUGGAAAAUACAGAGAUAUCACAAAAGUCUACACACAAUGACACACAUUAGAUGCUUGCUUAUGGUUUGUCAUUUCAAACUGAUUUUCUCAUAAAUAAAGUGAAUAGUGCCAUGCGAAUGUCAAA